AUGUCUACAGGAAAGAAAGUCUUCAUCGUCGGCCCUGGCUUCAUUGGCUGGAAUGUCCUCGACCUGCUCGUGGCGGAGGGAUAUGAGGUUACUGGCUUUGUCAGAAGAAGAGAACAUGGAGAGCAGAUUCAGAAUUCCGGAGCGAGUGGGGUGUAUGGAGAUCUGAAUGACAAGGCGGCUAUUGUUGAGCAGACGGAGAAGUGUGAUGUUGUAUUCCACACCGGUAAGCACCUCCCUCCCCGAUCGUAUCGUUUCUGCACAGAUGCUGACCAUGCGAUACAGCAACGGCGGACCAUCUCCCCUCCGUCCUCGCCGUCCUAGAAGGCGUCCGGGCACGAGCGGCAAAAGGCCUCCCGACUCUUUUCAUCCACACCUCCGGCACCUCCCUCUUCGACGACUACGCCACAAACGGCAGCAACAAGAAAUCCGGCCCAAUCUACCACGACACCGAUCGUGCUUCCAUCGACGCUCUCCCAUCAACCGCCCCUCACCGCGAAAUCGACCUCGCCGUCGUCUCAGCCCAAAAGGAAUUCGGAGACAAGGCCAAACUAGCCAUCAUGAUUCCUCCCCUGAUCUACGGCUUCAAUCCCAAACACGGCCGAUUGACAAUCCAAAUCCCCACCCUGACCAGAUUCGCGUUGAAGCAUGGGUACGCAGCGCACGUGGGCAGGGGAGAAGGCGUGGAAUCGAAUAUCCACGUGAUGGAUCUGGCGAGGGCGUAUAUCCUCCUGCUACACCAUAUGGAAGAUUCCCCUCCCGCGACGCUGCUGGAGAACCCUUACUACUUCUGCGAAUGUACGGGUGAUGAUGAAGUCUCUUGGCGUGAGGUUGCGGAGACGAUUGGGGAACAUCUGCACAAGGCGGGACGGAUUCGGGAUCCGAAGCCGAGGGAGUUGGUCAGGGAGCUCUGGGGAGAUGUCUUUGGGGACUUUACGGGUGCGGUGAUUGGCUUGAAUUCUCGCAGUAGGGCGGUGAGGUUGCGGGAGUUGGGAUGGAAGCCGAGGGAGAAGGAUUGGAAGAGGAGUUAUGUGGAAGAUGAGUUGCCGGAGAUCCUCAAAGAGGAUGUGGGUGGGUUUAGGGGAUAUACGGGGACCGUUGCUAGUUAG